AUGGAUGCCGGCACCUGGCGUCUGGGCUGGCGCUGUCUUCUUCUCCUGGCUCUCCUUGGAUCUACCCGAAGCGAGGGCGUGGAGAGCUGCGAAGAAGUUCGGAAACUUUUCCAGUGGCGGCUUGGGGGAGCUGUCAAGGGGCUGCCGGAGGCGCCGCGGGCAGGACCUGAUCUUCAGGUUUGCCUAUCCAAAAACCCAACGUGCUGUACCAGGAAGAUGGAGGAGAGGUACCAGGUUGCAGCUCGGCAAGAUUUGCAGCAGGUGCUUCAGACAUCCAGCUCGACGUUAAAGUUGCUAAUAUCUCGAAAUGCAGCUGCUUUUCAAGAGACCCUGGAAACCCUCAUCAGACAAGCAGAGAAUUACACCAGUAUCCUUUUCUGCAACACCUACCGGAACAUGGCCUUAGAGGCUGCUGCUUCCAUUCAGGAAUUUUUCACGGAUGUAGGACUCUAUUUAUUUGGUGCCGAUGUUAAUCCCGAGGAAUUUGUAAACAGAUUUUUUGACAGUCUUUUCCCUCUGGUCUACAACCAUCUGAUAAACCCUGGUGUGACUGACAGUUCUCUGCAGUACUCAGAAUGCGUCCGAAUGGCCCGCCAGGAUGUUAGUCCAUUUGGCAACAUUCCCAAAAGAGUCAUGGGGCAGAUGGGGAGGUCGCUGCUGCCCGGCCGCACAUUCCUGCAGGCGCUCAAUCUGGGCAUUGAAGUCAUCAACACUACGGACCACAUACACUUCUCCAAGGAGUGCAGUAGGGCACUCCUGAAGAUGCAGUACUGUCCUCACUGCCAGAACCUGAUGCUCAGUAAGCCCUGUAUGGGGUACUGCCUCAAUGUCAUCAGGGGCUGCCUGGCCCACAUGACAGAGCUUAAUCCACACUGGCAUGCUUACAUCCGGUCCUUGGAAGAGUUGUCAGACGCGAUGCAAGGAACUUACGACGUUGAACACGUGCUCCUUAACUUCCACUUGCUUGUUAACGAUGCCGUGCUGCAGGCUCACGUCAAUGGGCAGAAGUUAUUGGAUCAGGUGGGUAAGAUGUGUGGCCAUCCAGUGAGGACACCCACACAGAGCCCUCGUUGCACCUUUGAUCCAAGCAAGGAGAAGCAUGGAAUGAAGAUGUCUACAAGGAGCGGUGAAGAGACACUUGCCAGCAGAAGAAAGGAGUUCAUCAGUAGCCUUAGGCUACACAGGUCCUUCUAUGGUGGCCUGGCCGACCGGCUUUGCCUUCAUGAACUGGCUGCUUCUGAAGGAAGACCCUGCUGGAAUGGGGAGGACAUAGUCAAAAGCUAUGCUCAGCGUGUGGUUGGAAAUGGAAUCAAAGCCCAGUCUGCAAAUCCUGAAGUCAGAGUCAGAGGAACAGAUCCUGUGAUAAAUCAGAUCAUUGAUAAACUGAAGCAUGUUAUCCAGUUGUUACAGGGGAGAUCACCCAAACCCAGCAAGUGGGAGCUUCUUCAGCCAGGCAGUGGUGGUGGCAUGCUUGAGCAAUCUAGUGGAGAUUGUGAUGAUGAAGAUGGUUGUGGGGGAUCAGGAAGCGGGGAAGUCAAGAGGACCCUGAAGAUCACAAACUGUGAGUGCAAGCAUCUAGUAGUGCUUUCAAAUGGUUGGUUUAGAGACAUCACUUAG